GAGCAAGGGAAAGAAGGGAGAGAGGGAAACAGGUAGUCUUUUGAGGGGGAAACACCCCUUAAAACUUUUUUACCUCCAAAUUACCUGGGGAUAAUCCACACCCCCUCCCGGGGAUGAACAAAAUUACUGUGCCCGACAUGUCAAUUGACAAGUGGUCUCAGCUGUCAAAACGAAAGCAAAUCAAGCAAGCGCUGCUUACAAUUGCUUGCUUCAAUUCCAAUUCCAUGGAGGUGCUUCAUAUCUUUGACACGAAACCCCAUUCCUUUUUAUAUAUGUCCUAUGUGCGAGCAUAUAUACAAACAAACACAACCCAACCCAACCUUACCUCACAAUGAUUCAAUCUAACUAUUAAUGGAACUAAACAAUCAGGAAAACCAUAAUAAUGUAAUUAUAAUCUUAAAUACGCAAGUAAUUUAACUAAACUAUAGUCACACGAUGGUAAAAUAUUAUUAUAAUUACAUGGAAUAUUUUUAUAAAACGCCUAGAAACACACACCCUCUGCCAGAGAGGAAUAUUAUCAAAGAUACACAGAGAGCCAUUUGUGGCAUUUCAGAGAAAGAGAGAAGGAUUGAUUUAUUUUAGGAGCCAUAUUUGCAAGAUUUCUCGUGAAAGCUCACAAGCCAAGAAAAGUGAACUUCAACUUCAACUUCAACGUCGCUCACGUAAUUCCUUCCACUGCAUGUUCAAGAGUCCUGUGACCCUUUCUUUUCCACUUUCCUCUGCAAAUACUCAUUUCCUGGGUAUCCAAACAGUUGUUGCCGCCCCAAACUUCAAAGAAGCCCUCCUUUAAUAUGCGUUUCCCUUCCUAGAUUUUUGGUUCCUUCGGCUUCUUCUAGGUACAUUUGCCGGGAACUUCUCCGACCUCAGCAUUCCAGAUUAAUUAAUCUUUGCCAUAUCCAAAGUUCUCGGCAUCUACUUUAUUGGGAUCAGUGUUUUGGUUGGUUCAUCAUCUUGUUAAUUACGAUCUAUCAUCAUCACCACCACCAUUUUUGGGGGGUUCAGUUUCUUGGUGAAUCGACUGGAAUGGAUUCUUGGUGUGUAAACUUGAGAGCCAAUACCCACUUGGCAAGAGGAAGAAAGGAUUCUUUCAGUGAUGGAGACUUUGGCUUUCUGGGCGAAAGAAUCAGAGGCAAUCUGGGUACUAGUCUUCGGGUUAAUCAGUUCCCAAAAAGCAUGAGAAUCGAUAGAAUAAGGAAGAUCCAACCUGGAGUUUCUUGCUCAUCUGUUGUUACAUCAGAUAAUGGCAAAGGGACUCUGUUUCAGACCAUACCAGCACCACUGCUGGAAAGACAUCGGGCGAACCCAAAAAAUGUGGCUGCAAUUGUACUGGGAGGAGGUGCAGGGACUCAACUCUUUCCUCUUACAAGUAGAGCUGCAACACCAGCAGUUCCAGUUGGUGGGUGUUACAGGCUCAUCGAUAUACCAUUGAGCAACUGCAUCAAUGGCGGCAUAAACAAGAUCUUUGUGCUGACCCAGUUCAACUCUGCUUCUCUAAACCGGCAUAUUGCUCGAACAUAUUUUGGAAAUGGCGUGAAUUUUGGGGAUGGAUUUGUGGAGGUUCUAGCAGCCACACAAACACCUGGAGAGGCGGGUAAAAUGUGGUUCCAAGGGACUGCAGAUGCUGUAAGGCAAUUUACUUGGGUUUUUGAGGAUGCCAAGAACAAGGAUAUUGAGAAUAUACUGAUCUUGUCAGGCGAUCAUCUUUACCGCAUGGAUUAUAUGGACCUCAUCCAGAAUCACAUCGACAGAAAUGCUGAUAUUACAGUUUCAUGUACACCUGCUGGGGAAAGCCGAGCCUCAGAUUUUGGGUUGAUGAAGAUCGAUCGAAACGGAAGAGUCAUACAAUUUUCUGAAAAACCAAAGGGUUUUGAUCUGGAAGCCAUGGAGGUGGAUACCACUCUGUUAGGUUUGUCUCCACAAGAGGCUGCAAAAGCUCCUUACAUUGCUUCAAUGGGAAUCUAUGUGUUUAGAACAGAUAUUCUGUUGAAGCUUCUCAAGUGGAGAUAUCCUACAUCAAAUGACUUUGGAUCUGAAAUCAUCCCUUCAGCUGUGAUGGAGCACAAUGUCCAAGCAUAUAUUUUCAGAGAUUACUGGGAAGACAUUGGAACGAUAAAGUCUUUCUAUGAGGCUAACUUGGCCCUAACAGAAGAGUCUCCUAAGUUUGAAUUUUAUGAUCCAAAGACACCAAUCUUCACAUCUCCUAGGUUCUUGCCACCAACCAAAAUGGACAAGUGCCGGAUUAAGGACUCAAUUAUUUCACAUGGUUGUUUCUUGAGAGAAUGCAGCAUUGAACACACUAUCGUGGGUGAACGAUCGCGACUAGACUCUGGGGUUGAGCUUAAGGGGACCUUGAUGUUGGGGGCAGACUACUACCAAACUGAAUCAGAAAUUGCAGCUUUACUGGCAGAGGGCAAGGUCCCAAUGGGAAUCGGAAGGAAUACAAAAAUAAGGAACUGUAUAAUUGACAAGAAUGCAAAGGUAGGCAAAGAUGUUGUCAUCAUGAACAAAGAUGGUGUUCAAGAAGCCGACAGACCAGAGGAAGGAUUUUACAUACGGUCAGGGAUCACUGUCGUAGUAGAGAAGGCAAUAAUUGACGAUGGCACAGUCAUAUAAUGGGGAUUGAAAUUCCCAUGGGCUAGUUUGGGGGUAUAUGACAAGCC